AUGUGCAAAUUUGGUGUAUUCUCUUUAAUAUUGUUAGUAGCUGCGCUACAAACUUCGUUCGGAUUAAAAGAAGGCGAAUGUGAAGUAUGUGUAAAAACUGUAGAUAAGUUUGCAGCCACGUUAUCAGAUGAUGUGAAAAAAGACCCUAAAAAAAUCGAAUUAGAAUUUAAGAAAUUUUGUAAAGGAAGCAAGAACAAGGAGAAUCGAUUUUGCUACUACUUGGGAGGCUUAGAAGAAUCGGCAACCGGUAUAUUGGGUGAACUCUCGAAACCUUUGAGCUGGUCCAUGCCUUCCGACAAAAUAUGUGAGAAACUUAGGAAAAAAGAUGCUCAGAUUUGCGAUCUUCGUUUCGAUAAACAAAUCGACUUAAACAAUGUAGACCUUAAGAAACUUAAAGUGAGAGAUUUAAAGAAGAUUUUAAACGACUGGGACGAGGUUUGCGACGGUUGUAUCGAAAAGACGGAUUUCAUUAAGAGAAUAGAAGAAUUAAAACCCAAGUACAUGGGAAGAUCUGACUUGUAA